AUGUCGCUAGAUAAUACUAAAGUAAAUUUUAAUCGAAUUUCUGCUAAAUUAUCCUUAUUUGGAUGGAAAGUAAUAUAUGAUUGGUCAUUUUCAUUAGCAGCACUUAUUGCAUAUUAUUUACUUAUUUCAUUAUUACCACUUAUAUUAAGUAUGUUUACUGUUGUUAGUUUAAUAUCUAGUAAUGAUAUUAAUUUUCAAAAUCAAAUUCGUGAACGUUUAUUAAAAGCAUUUCCUGAACCAGGUUUAAGUGAUAUACUUGAUCCAUUACUAAAUUCAUUAUCAAAACAAGCUGGUUUAGUAUUUAUAAUCAGUUUUAUUGUAUCAAUAUUUACUGGUUCACGUUUAUUUAUUGGACUUGAUGAUGUAUUAACAAUAAUAUAUCGUAUACGUGAAAGAACAAUAAUUAAUCAAAAUAUUCUUGCAAUUAAAAUGAUUUUAGCAUUUAUAACUAUAAUGCCAUUCAUUAUUAUAUGUUCAUCAAUGCCAGCUAUUAUGCAAGAACAUGAAUCAUUUUAUCAAUUUUUAACAACUGUUUUUAGUGGGAUAUUUUCAUUUAUAUUUUUUCAAUUAAUUUAUAUCAUUGUACCUAAACGCAAAAUGAAUUGGAAACAUACAUGGUGCGGUGCUUUAUUGGCAUCUAUAGGUCUACAACUAGUUCUUUUAAUUUUUCCAUGGUAUGUGCAUAAGUAUAUGACUGAUUAUGUUGGUCAAUUAGGUUUUAUAAUAAUAGUAUUACUUUUGUUUUAUUUAUUUGGUUUAUUCUUCGUUAUUGGGGCACAAAUUAAUGCAUUCUUUUUUGAUUAUAUUCAACCGUUAACAUAUGGUCUUGGAACAUGUUUAUAUGAAUUUGCUGAUCGAGAACAAAUGCAAUCAAUCGAUGCAAAUUGUCAACCACAUGAUAUUAAAGUUGAAGAAUUGAAUACUACUCAACAACAACAACAACAAUGA